AUGCUUACGGAUUUUUGGCGCAAAGAGCGGAGGCAAGGAAUGGCGAGACGAAGUGACAAGAAUUGCCCAUGUUCGACUGUCCUUGAAUCUUGGGGAACAACGUCAAUAAGCAGUGAGAGGAUCGUCAUAUUGUCAAGAGGGAGUGAGAAGGACCUGACAUCGUCAGGUCGAUACGUCAGCGUAAAAAAGGAAUGUUGGUAA